AUGGUUAUAAGAGAUUCAAACAGCAAGCGACGAUCCUACCAAGAAGCAACAGAGCCGGUUUGGGAGAAGACUGCUGAGAAGGAAAUACGAAGAGAUCAACCUGGCAGAAAGAGCCUGAAGGACCUUUUCAAAGGCAAAUUUUCCAACGCGGACUCGAAGAAAGAAUCAGAAAAGCACAUUCAGAAGCUAAAGGAGCAAAUUGAGCGACAAGAAAAAGAGAGAAAACGUCUUGAAGACAGAUUUGGAAGCGCGAGCUCGGAAAGCGAGCGGACGACGAUCCGGAAUCAGCUAAAGAUGGCAGACUCUAACCUUCGACGUCUGAACGUUGAGCUUUCCAAGGAGUGUCCGGUGCCUAUCUAUAACCAUCAGCGGACGCCGUCUGCCCCUGUAUCUAUGGCGUCCUCCGACGAGUCCUCCCAGUCACGCGGCGAGAUACAGCUGCAAAAAUCCAUAGAAGAGUUAAGGGAAACUGAGGUGGACUAUGUCAACGAUUUGUGGUUCAUACUAGGAAGGCUGGCUCCGGAAAUUCAACAGGACAGAGAUCUUCUCUUUGGCGGAAUUGAUGAGAUUCAUGAGUUCGCUUCAGCGAUCGCGUCUAAAUUCGCCGACUUGGACAGAUUAGAAACGCUUGAGGAACAAUGUGCCGAACUUGCAAAGCUGUUUCUGGACGAAAUCGUCGAGAUGCGAAAUGUUUACGGUCCCUACUGCUCGCGCCAGGGCGAGGCUUCUGUUAAAGCCGCCCAGUUGAAUACACAAGAGAUCGACCAGAUGAUUUCUGAAGCAAGGCGACGAGGAGAGACCAAGGCGUUCAACAUGAACUCGUUGCUGAUCAAGCCUGUUCAACGAAUCACCAAAUACCCACUGCUCAUCGGACAGAUCAUGAAGUACGCACCAACUGAAUCUUCCAAGCUUCUUCUCAGCGACGCGAUGAAUGAAAUGAAGAAAACACUUGAUGACAUCAACAAUCAGAAGCUCAAUUUCGACAUUGUUGACAGGUACACUCGACCUGCUCAACAUCGACAGCCAAACAUCAUCAACGGCUUGAAAAAAGGCCUGAAACAAAUGGAACGCAUCAAGCCACCACUCACAAGUCCGGCUAACCCAAGCAUCGAAGACCCGAAUGACAAAAUAUUCAACAAGGAAUACCAAAUCGCCACGAACGUCAAGUCUAGAUAA